AUGUCCAAAGCCGGAACCUGGAUAAAGAUGUUCGUCGUCGGCACGGUGAUCUGUGUCGGCGGCCCCGCUCUCGUCCAAGCCAUCCGUCCUACCGAUGAAGAAUUGUUUAAGCGGUAUAACCCGGAGCUCCAACGGCGGAGUCUGGAGGAGGGUGAUCGUCGCGCGCAGGAAUUCGAUGAUUAUGUGAAUAAGUUGAAGCAGUGGUCUAAGUCCGAUAAGUCGAUCUGGGUUGCGGCUCAGGAACAACAAGAACAGAUGCGGACACAAGCUGCGGUGCAGCGGAGUCAGGCAAAGGACGAGGCGAAGGCACAGCGUGAGGAGAUGCGCAAGGAGUUGCUGGAGUAUCCCAUAUACCCUUAUCUGUACUUAUACCCGUGGUCGCUGGGCCGAGGGAGUCAAAAGCUUUGUGCAUGGAUCAUGGGCGAGUCUUUUUGCGGAGUUUUCGGUUGGGCGCUUUGUUGUUUGCAUAUAUGA